CAAAUCAGGAAGGUCAUAAAGGAGAAAGAGGCGGGACUGAUUUGGCUGAUUGCCCUGUUUCCAGUAACUUUUCCAAAGUCCUGGUGAUAUCCUGUUGUUGGCUGCUGAAGAUUGAACUGCCCUGGAUCGAUAUUUUAAUUUCCUCCUUGAGACAUGAGCCAGAAACUGAUGGGAAGGGGGCUUGAUUCUGCAACCUGGGAGCAAAGCUCUUCUUGAUGACUCCUUUUUCAGGACAGAAGAUUCCCUUCUGCCUUUCAGACCAGAUCUAGAGGAUGAAUGGUCAAAAGUAUGAUGUUGCUGGAUAUGCUGGAUCCAAGAUUUUUGGUAGCCUGCUCUUUGCUGUGGCCACCUUGUUCCUUGUCUCAGAAUCCGUGUCUUUGAAAGGGAAGCAGGUGACCUUCAAGGGGAUGAUGAGCAAAUAUGUUUCCUUGGCCAAUUGGCAUGUCCCUCAACUUUGUGCCUUUACUGUAUGUGUUGACCUCAACAAGACUCAAAAAAGUGUGCCGAGUGGGGCAGCCUUUUCCUACGAUGUCAACAGUUCCUCCACCAACAUUAAUGAGGUGGAGCUGGCUCUGUCUUUCAAUAAUUCCACCUUGCAGAUGUUCUUCAUGGGCAGCUUCCUCGAUCUGGGACAGUACGUUGUGGCUUACAGAAUGCACCAAAUCUGCUGUGUCUGGGACAGCCAGAAGCAUCUCCUGCAGCUCUUCUGGGAUGCAAAGAAUCUGGUAAACAAAACCCUGCCAGAUUUCCAUCAUCGCUGUCUACGGCCCAAUGGGACAUUAGUGAUGGGGCAAUUGCACAAGAACUACAACGGAGUACUAAUCCAGCAAUUGUCCUUCGUUGGCGUCUUGCACUACUUCCAGAUGUGGGAUCAUGGGAGAGGUCAGCAAGACAUGGAGCGUUGUGAAGAUGGAAAUGUGGUCAGCUGGGGGCAGAAUUACUGGUCUCUGCAAGAUAUAUUGACAGAGUCUGCCCAGCAUCAGCGUUGCGGUGCAGAGGAACCUAUAUCUGCCUUUCCGCCUAUCACUUCCCCAGGUGCUGAGGAGCCCACAUCUGCCUUUCCAACAAUCACCUCCCCCGAUCCAAACGUUACAGUGAUCACGGACACCUUCUACAGCUUCCAGAUGAACUUUUCCGUGACUUGGGAGCCCCCCAGGGAGUGCGAUCGCUAUGAUGCCAAAAAGCUUUCUGCAACUUGGUUCAAGAAACAAUUAAAUAAUUCAGAAUUUGUGAUGACAAACCAUAACGUCAAGACAGCUUGCCACAAAUUAUCACAAGGAACCAGGCAGGUUAACACUGAGAAUGGAAGACUGUCUUCCCGGAGAUAUUCCUCAAAGGCCAUCAUCAAGGCCAGAUCCAGUCAAAGCAUGCAGGAGAUCGUGUGGAAGCUACAAAACACCUUGUGUGGGGAUUACACUGAAGAUCAAUUGUCCAUGAGUGUGAAGCAAAAGGAUACACAUGUUAUUUCUUUUGAUCCAGAAUCGUGUUCUGAACAGACCGUCUGGUCCAACUACAAAGGUGUCUACACUUGGCCAAAGAUGGUUCCUCCCAAUGUGAUGACCUUGCCCUGCGAGGCCAACCGAGAGUUGGCAGCUUCCAGACUGUGCUUGAUUAACCUUCGGACUGAAAAAGCCUAUUGGAAGAGGCCAAACUUGGCUGCUUGUCCUCUGUUGCAAAAUUUGCCAGAUAAUAUACUGGAUCUUAAAAAUGUCACCGUCACAGUUGAAAAUGCGGAAGAGGUAGCAGAUCACAUUUUAUUUCUCUUGAGUUUUUCCGAUCUGAAUAAAGAUGAAAUUGAGGUCCUGGUGAACAAAUUGAGCGAUAUAGCCAACUGUGAAGAAAUCAGCCUGGCCCUGGCUAGGAAGAUACUGCAAAUUAUCAAUAUCUUUAUGGAAGAUAAAAUCCAAUUGCAGGAUAUGCAAACUGUACUCAACAGAAUCUUAACGAUCAUGGAACAAAUUGGUUUCAAGAUGAACUUCAAUGGGAGAAAUGAAUCCAUCAUCCUGCCUAGGCUGGCUUUGGCGGUGCUACGGCCAGAUCCCAUGAACUUCCAAGGAGUUGCUUUUGGGAUUGUAUUCUACACUCUGGAGACCAGCCCACAGCUCAGCAUCCAAUCAACACCCUUCACGGAUGUUCAGGCCUCAAUAUAUUUGCCAGGAUUGUUGAAAAAUUACCUAAAGUCCCAAUCUUUGGAUGGAGACAGUUUUACUGGGAUUCAAUUCACCUUUUUUGGUGCGCCGUCAUUGUUUGAGGACAAUAGUUUGAAGAACGAAGUUCUGAACACCUACGUUGUAGGUGCCAGCAUUGAAAACAAGACAAUUGAAGACCUCAAGAAACCAGUCAGCAUAGUUCUGCAGCACAGAAACCCACAUGGGGAUAAUGCUACUGUGCACUGUGUCUUUUGGGACUUCAAUAGGAAUGAUGGCCUGGGUGGCUGGAAUACCUCAGGUUGUGAAAUGAAGCAUACAAAUAGUACCUAUACAAUCUGCAAUUGUAAUCACCUGACCCAUUUUGGAGUUCUACUGGACUUAUCUCGGACACCCCUCAGCGAUGCUGAUGAGUGGGCUUUAGCAUUGGUGACCUACGUGGGGUGUGGCAUUUCCUCCAUUUUCCUGGGCUUGGUACUGUUGGUUUAUCUCUCGAUUGACAAACUCCGGGAGGACUAUCCUUCCAAAAUCCUCAUCAACCUCUGCUUUGCUUUGUUGAUGCUCAACCUUGCUUUCUUGGUGAACUCUUGGCUAGCCACGUUUCAGAAUUCUGGCCUUUGCAUCACCGUUGCCGUGGCCUUGCAUUACUCCCUGCUAUCUGCCUUUACCUGGAUGGGUCUGGAAGCCAUCAACAUGUAUUUUGCCCUGGUGAGAGUCUUCAAAGUCUACAUUCCAUAUUACAUGCUCAGGUUUUCCAUAGCUGGCUGGGGAAUUCCAGCACUUAUUGUAAUUGUAGCCCUCAGUAUCAGCAGAGACUUCUAUGGGACUGAAUUUGCUUUGAGAAGAAACACUGACAGCCCAUCAAUGCAGUUUUGCUGGAUUCAGGACAACUGGGUUUUUUACAUCUCUGUAGUUGGCUAUUUCAUCCUGGUAUUCCUGAUCAACAUCAGCAUGUUUGUUACUGUCCUUUGUCAAAUCCGUGUCAUGAAAACCAACAAUUGCAGGGUUGGGAGGGACCAGAGUAAAGAAUUCCUCCUUGAUUUGAAGAGAGUGACCAGCUUGACAUUUUUGCUGGGUUUGACGUGGGGUUUUGCCUUCUUUGCAUGGGGCCCCUUGAAGAUUGCCUUCAUGUACAUCUUUGCCAUUUGCAAUUCCUUGCAAGGCUUCUUCAUCUUUGUUUUCUACUGCCUCAUGAAGGAAAACGUAAGGAAGCAAUGCCAGAUACACUUCUGUUGUGGGAAAUUUCGGCUCAGCAAUUUCCAGGGGAUCAGUUCAGCCACCAUCCUGGGAAAUUACCCUUGCAUCAUUGAGCGGAAACACUCAUGUCAUUCUUUAAAGUCACUCAAGUCUUGGACCACAGGCUCCAUAUCCAAAGAUCAAGUUGCUUGCUGCAGAAUCAGCCAUAUGUCCUCAGCUUCUCAGGCAGUCAAGCUUCCUUGUGUAAGAAGAAUAUCACCAGCAGACGUUGACCUACAUCACACAGAGAAAAAUAAAGACUUGUCUUAAAGGGGAAUCUUA